UGUUCAUCUUCAACAUCAAUACCCGAAUCCAUUUUUGGAUUUAGUCUCAGUGGUGAAACAGAACCAAAACUACUGAAAUUAGAUGGAUAAACUUCUUUCAAGCCGAUUCAAUCAUGAAUCUCUCUCUGGAGACUACAUAUUCCCACCAGAAUUAAGACCAGGAGACCUCAAAAUCCCCUUUGGCAGCAACAUUUCUGUGAUUGAUCUCAGUGAAGCAGAAAAUGGUGAUAGAACCAACACAAUUCAGAAAAUUAUCAAGGCUUCUGAGGAGUUUGGAUUCUUUCAGGUUAUCAAUCAUGGAAUUUCCGAGAAUGUAAUGAACGAAGCAAGAAGUGUUUUCAAAGAGUUAUUUGAGAUGCCAGCAGAGGAAAAGCAGAAACUGUGUUCAGAUGAUCCUUCCAAGACAUGCAAGAUGUUCACCAGCAGUGUCAAUUAUGCAAAUGAAAAGGUUCAUCUGUGGAGAGAUAAUUUUAGGCACCCAUGUCAUCCUUUGGAACAGUGGCAACACCUCUGGCCUGAAAAUCCAACCAGAUACAGAGAGUGUGUUGGGUCGUUUUCAGUUGAAGUGAAGAAGUUGGCUUCUAGGAUCUUGAGUUUGAUAAGUGAAGGGCUUGGUCUAGAAUGUGGAUAUUUUGAGAACGAUCUUACUGGGUCUGUGCUUCUUACAAUUAAUCAUUAUCCACCAUGCCCUGAACCAAGUUUGGCACUGGGAAUUACUAAGCACUCAGAUCCUAAUCUCAUAACCAUUUUACUCCAAGAUCAUGUAUGUGGCCUUCAAGUGCUCAAGGAUGGAAACUGGAUCGCAGUUCAACCUAUUCCUAAUGCAUUUGUCAUAAACGUAGGCUACCAGUUGCAGGUAAUAAGUAAUGGAAAGUUAAUAAGUGCUGAGCAUCGUGCUGUGACAAAUUCACAUGAUACACGUACUUCUGCUGCUUUCUUCGUUGCUCCUACAGAUGAAUGUGUCGUAGAGCCAGCAGAAGCUCUCACCGAUGAACAUCACCCUCCAAUUUUUAAGGCUUUCAAGUACAAGGAUUUCAACUCUCACUACUUUGCCAAAUAUGCUGAUACAGAAACUGUGCUCAAAUCAUUUGCAGCACAAAAGGGUUAAGUUAAAUGUGGAAAAGGUAAAGGUAUAUUGAAUGGUGUAAUAAAGGGAAACUUCAAUUCGGCAUCUUUCUUAUUGUUGCCUUUGCUUAAUGGUUGAAAAAACUCCUUCAUGAAAUAAAUUUGAAGUUCCUCAGUUUGGUAUACUAAGAAUUUCUCCA